AUGUCUCUAGUAGAGCAAUUUCACCUUAUGAAUCUUGAUCAGCGGCUGUUAUCUGCAAUAUCUGAUUUGAAGUGGGAGAGACCGACGGACAUACAGCAGGCUGUCAUUCCUCUUGCCCUAGAAAAGAAGAGUAUAUGCGUACAAGCCCGUACUGGCUCUGGAAAAACUGGGGCUUUCUCUAUUCCUAUCAUCCAAUCUAUACUUGAAACAAAGAUUUUUCAGUCGGAACAGAGCACUUCGGCGUUAAUUUUAGCUCCAACGAGGGAACUAUGUAGUCAAAUAUCGAAGGACAUUAAGAGUUUGUGUAAAUAUGCGUCGAAGAAUGUGAACGUCUUUGAUCUUGCCCAAUCGGAUGAUAUUGAUCUUCUGGGACCUCUUCUGGCCGAAAAUCCGGACAUUGUUGUUGGCACUCCGUUGAAAAUAUCGGAACAACUGCUUAGGAAGCGUCUUACUCUCGAUGCUCUUGAACAUCUUGUCAUUGAUGAAGCUGACCUAAUCUUCGUUUUUGGUUACGAGAAACAUAUGCAGGCGCUCCAAACUUUUCUUCCGAAGAAGUCAAUACAGGUCAUCUUGAUGUCUGCCACACUGGAUGAGGCAACUUUUUCUUUGCGCGGUUUUUUCAAACUUAGUGAAUGGGUUCGAGUAGAAUUACCGGAAGAGAAUUUUCUUCCCUCUGAGUCUCAGCUUGCCCAAUACGUGAUUAGUGCUGACGAGUCAUCGAAAUACGCUAUUCUUAUAUCUAUGAUUCAGCUUAAGUUGAUUCGUGGUCGGACAAUUAUUUUCACCAAUUCUAUAGAUCGAUGCUACAAACUAAAACUUUUUCUGGAGGAAUUCGGUGUUAAAUCGGUGGUACUCAAUUCUGAAUUACCCGUGGCGUCAAGGUGUCACACGGUUCAGCAAUUUAACAGAGGACUUUAUGACUACCUUUUAGCGACCGACGAAAAUGACAGUGAAGGGGUUACAAAUGCACCUAAAAGGGAUAAGCUUCUAAAACCAGUGAAAGACGCCGAAUACGGUGUAUCGCGUGGUAUUGACUUCAAAUUAGUCAGCAACGUACUCAACUUCGACUUUCCACUGACUGCUAAACGGUACGUGCAUCGUGUUGGGCGUACAGCACGAGCUGACCAAAUGGGCACAGCUAUCUCUUUUGUCGAUAGCUCGGAGGAGUCACAACUUUCGGAAGUGGCCAAUCUCCUCUCGCAAAAUGAGGCUUCUAAUCCUCGGGCUGAUCAAACCAACAAAGCCGGUAGCUUUUCCGUUUAUCAGAAGUGGACGGAUUUAGAUAUCGUGCAAUGGCAAGACGUUGCUGGGAAAAUAACUCGCAAAAGAAUUCGCGAAGCGCGCUUAAAGGAGAUCAAAUUAGAGUUGAUGAACUCUGAACGCUUAAAGAGUUACUUUGAGGAUCAUUCCGCUGAUAUGGAUGCUUUGCGUCACGACAAGCUACUUUCUUCGACGCAGCAGGCUCAUCUCAAGGAUGUUCCGGAGUAUAUGGUGCCUCAAACUCUACAAGCCCUGAUUCGGGGUUCAAACCAGAGAGCAAGAGAUAGACAGCGCUAUAGACCGUCCAGUUGGGCCAAGGGACGACAACGGUUUACCGGCAAAGCGAAGGCUUCCACCUCUGCAGCCGGCGGUAAUGCUGAAAAGCCCAUACGAAUGCACCAACUGAGGUGUCACAGGACCAAGAUGGCCAUUGCUCGGAACCCUGAGAAGGUUGCUCAGAUUAAGCGGCAGAUGGCACGAAAGAAAAAGGCCGCCAACCCCCUCUUCAACUUUGGGAAAAAAAGGUAG